AUGGAAGAAGCAUUCAGAAAGCUCAACGGCUUCAGCCCCACGUCCGAGCCCGACCCCGUGCUUCCCGCCCCCUCCAAGAAGUCAAUCGCCACCAACAAGCGCUCUCUCAAGGAAACCUCCGCUGGAUCUGCCUCCACAUUGCGAUACCGCGGCGUGCGCCGCAGGCCUUGGGGAAGGUACGCUGCUGAGAUCAGGGAUCCACACUCUAAGGAAAGACGGUGGCUCGGAACCUUUGACACUGCCGAGGAGGCUGCAUGCGCCUAUGACUGCGCCGCCCGAGCCAUGCGCGGCGUCAAGGCUCGUACGAACUUCGUUUACCCCGCGACAUCUCAAGACCAUCUCAUUCCGGCAUUCACUUUCCACCACCCCAAGCAAUCUCAGGCGUCGGUUAAAUACCACAGCAACGCUCGCGGCUAUGGGCAGUACGUUCCCAACUGGCCUCAGUUUGCGACGACGUACGCAAAUGAUUUUACCGGGUCCGGUUCCGACAGGAGUUGCACUACUACUAACGCUGCUAAUAGUACUGCUGCUUCGUUGAACAUGCUUUUCUUGAGGAAUUUCAUCAACAAUUCUACUCCAACAAAAAACUCGGUUUCGGUUGUCUCGCCAAACCCUCCUCACUCUCAAGCUGAAAGCUUCAGUCAAAACCAGUUUCAAUGCACAAAUGGCUCUACUACUAACUCUUUCGUCAGCAACAAUAUUAACUCUGGCGGUACUACUAGUUAUGGACGCUCGUCUUCCUCUAUGAUGAUCAAUAGCACUAGUUGUGCUACUCACCAUGAGCUUCCGCUCAUCAGGAGCUCUGCUAAAGCAACGGCCGCCACCACUUCUAGUUUUGUUGACUCGGAGUUCUUUCCCGUAGAGUCAUCAGAUACCGGGUUGUUAGAGGAGGUGAUUCACCAGUUCUUUCCAAAACCCCUUCCCAAGGAAUUCAACCCUUCAAAAUCUGUGGAGUGUUUUCCUGGUACCUCUUUUGAUUCAACGUUGGAGGUAAAAGAAGUGCAGCAGCCACCUCUUUGCUUGGUUGAUUUUGAUUCCCAGCAACAGCCACUGCUUCAACAUCACCAACAACGACUUGGAAGUUUCGAUGAAGUUCAUGAAGUGGCUGAGCAAACCGUACCGUUGUAUAAUGCUCUGCCAGUGAACUUCCAGAUGAACAGCGCAGAUCACUCGAUGAUGUUUAUGGAUCACAGCUUGUUCCAACAGUACUACUAUCCUGAGUUUGUGGGUAGCUUGCAAAAUGCUUGA